CCCCCUGCGGCUGCUGUGCACCCAGCUGCGGCGGACCCAGCGGCUAACCCGGAGCCUGAGGCGGGUGAGCCGAGUGUGGUGGAGUCUGCUGCUGAGGAAACUGCAGGGGCUGAACGGGCCAUGGAGGGGUCUUCCUCGUCUGCUCCUACUGUGCCAGAGCCAGCUGUGGUGGAACCGGGCAGUACGGAGGGGGGCACUGCUUUCUCUGAGGGGCAGGCCGCUGAGGGAUUUUAAAGCCUGGAAAACGACACUGAAAGCCCUCCUUCCGAUUUUUCUCAUACUCUUCGCAGCUUCCGUACUUGGAAUACCAGAUUCUUCAGAUGAUAGAGAGCCCUGGACUCCUUUCUCUGAAAGGAAGUGGAAGCAAGGAAAAACCAUUGUUUGUGAUCAGAAUUAUCCCCAUACAUCAUCCGAUACACCUUCUGUCCACCUUGUGAUCUUACAUCCUGAAGAUCCAGUCAUUAACACAUAUAAAAAUUAUCUUCAUCACAAGAAUGAAAAGAAUAAAAACAAUCAAAAAAAGGUUUUUGCCUAUUUGUUUGGCGUUGACUCUUUCUUGCCUAAUUCGGAACUGAUGCAAAAGAAGGUGAAGCUGAGUGUUUUCUCACAUGGUGUCAGAAACAUUGAGCGUUUCCCAAACAGUCCAGAACAGUUUGGUGUGAAGUUCAGUGUUCAUCUUCAGACACCACAAUGGCUUGCUACUGUCAUACAAACGUUUGUUGACCAAGUGAAAUUCAUACCUGAUGAGCAGAUGCGAUUAUUUGCUUGUAAUGCAGGAUCACAAGCUGCAGCCAACUAUAUAACAGAUCUUAUGACAGAAAUCAAUAUCAGGGGAAUCACUAUCAAUAAAGUUGUGGCAUACCGCAGUACAAUAACACUAGACAAAUCAUUGAUAGCAUAUAAAUCAACUGUGUCAGACGGCUAUGAACAAUUACUUUGGUCUUUAGAACGGAACGGAAUUCCUGUACCUGAAGGAUUUUUAAUGGCCCAUGGUAUAAUAACACUUCGAGCAGAUAUAAAUAGCAAAAAUGAAGUGAGGAUGUUGUAUACCAGAGACAACAACAAUGUGCAACGUCACCAUUUUAUAAAAAAACGAAAUGUUAAUCAGCAGCAAUUAGAGGCAAUAAUGAAUAUGGAAAAUCACUGGGAAAAUUUUAGGAAUGACCUGCUGGACGCAAUACUUGACAGAUGUAAAUAUAUAGUAUACACUAACGAAAAUAGACAAAGAAAAAGAAGAAGCCCAUCAGCAUGCAAGGUGAGAGAGAAUGAGAUUGAAGAGGACUAUGUGAUUAAAGAAGAUACUCUAACCAUCGAGGACGGCCAAGUUAAAGUUGAACUUUUCAACAGAUACAAUCCAGAAGACACUCAUUUAGUGUCUUAUCCCCUUGAGGAAUCCUUUUACAUGAAACAGGUCAAAGAGACUGCAAAGCACACCACUUCAAUGCUGAAAACAGGUGGACUCCGAUUCCUGGAGCGCGUAAAUGAUGCCAUGGUUAAAUAUGGUAUUGUGGUUGGAUUCAUCGGGGCUGGGAAGUUUUUUGCGGAGAAUGACACUAUUCGAGGGGCUGUCACUUUAACCCAGUCGCUGCAUGGACUUGGAGAGAUGACCAAUCUGAAUCAACAGAUCUCCAGGAUUUCCCGGAAUGCAUUCCAGAAAAGCCUGCAUGCAGCAGCGAGUGAACUGGGUAUGGAAGAGACGCUCACAAAGAUCAGCAGCUCAGUGGAGAGAUUUGGAGAGAGUUCUGCAGGAAAGUUUCUGAAGGGUAUUCCCAUCGCUGGCAUGGCUUUUCAAGCCUAUUUUAUUGCUGAGGAUUCCAUAGCCAUUCAGAAACACAACAGAUCUGAUCCAGAGCAGAAUAAGUACUUUGGCCUAGAGGUUACAAACCUAGUUCUGGAUGUGUCAACAACUGUGCUCUCGAUUGCAGAGCUUGCUUUUCCUCCAGCAGCACUUGUGCUGGAGCCCAUAAUCAUUGGACUGUCCAUAGUCAGAAUGUCCAUCAGUGACUUCUACUGUGAUGUUGUGAGCGAGUUGGACAAGCUGCCCCAGGGGGCUGGAGAUUUUGAUAAGAUGAUUGCUGUCAUAACUGGACUAGAGGAAGGUGCUGUAGACUUUGUUACAGGGGGGCUGCUUAGAGAAAGUAACGAGCUUGAUAAAGAAGUAAGACAAAACCAAGAACUACUGCACAACCUUUCAAAACCUGAAUCUUAUUACAAAAUAACUGCUAAUGAUGGAAACAUAAGCACUCUGGAUCUAAUGGAAGGGAUUCUCUCCCAGUAUGGAGGACUUGUGACUGUCCAGCUCCUAAACAAUGGAAGUGUGACAAUUCAGGUAGGAGGGGUUGAUGAUGGGAAGGGUGGAGUCAAAACCAUAGAGAAAACAUUCCACAACCCCAGUAUUCAGAACAUUGUAUUGGGAGUCGGGGAAUCAACUAAAUUCCUCUACACUCAAAAGGCAGCCCAUCUGUGGUGGGUCAUCCCUGUAAAACAUGCCAAAGUAAUCAGCGGAGAAAUGAAACUCCGUUCUUCCUUGUUUGGCACCUACUAUGGCAAUGACAAGGACAAUAAGUUUUUUGCCAUCCAGCAACCUGCCAAACAGCCUGACAUGGAGUUUGUGAUUAAGAAUUAUCACUACACCAUUUAUGGCCAUGGAGGAGAUGACAGUUUCUUCCUUGGGCCACAGAUGUCUGAACUCUCUGGGGGAGAAGGAAGGGACUUUUAUGUUUUUCCUACAAGUGGAACCCAUGCAGAGAUUGACAAUUUUUCACAAGACAUGUUGGAGGACCAUCUGUUGAUAAAAGCCCCUUUCAGUCACAUUGAUUGUUGUCGGAGCCAUGAAGACCUGCUUCUUGUUUAUGGAUCAGAAAGGUACAGGAUUACCAUCAAGAACUGGUUUGUUCAUAGCAAUGCGGAUCAUUACCAACACAUGACUUUUCAGUCAGCAGACGGCGUCACAUUUAAGGUUAUGGACAGAGGCCUUGCAAAAGGCAAAUUCCAUGCUAUGUGUGUGCCAGAAAUACUGGACAAGACAAACUCGGACAUCCCAGUCUCUCCCAGCUUAGUGGGUGAAUUUGAAAGUGUGAUCACUGUAAUAGGCAGUAAUUUUUCUGACACCAUUGUGGGAAAUGAGAAAGAUAAUGUUUUUAACGGGGGUCAUGGAGCAGAUACACUUGAAGGAGGAGAGGGAGCUGAUACAUAUGAAAUCUUCCAGGGACAAGGAUGCGACACAAUCAACAACUAUGCCAAAGAUGAGAAAAUAGACAUGAUAGUGUUUCAGGUGCCUUUCAGUAGGAUUCAGGCAGACCUGCAGGGUGAAGACCUCCUGGUGGUUGAUAAGGAGGACCUCCGUUCAACAUGUGUGCUGUUAACAAACUGGGCGACUAGCAGACUUUUUCAGCAUGUGACCUUUCUCUCCUCUGAUCAUGUGAUCUUCCAUAUCUCCACCAAUGAAAGUGAGCUGACAAUGACAGCACUUAUGGUUGAUCUAAGCAAAGAAACCCAUGGCAGCACCGUCAAUCUAUCAGACCCUUAUCAACACAUGUUUUAUGUCAUGACUGUCUUUGACUCCGCCUAUGAUGAUGUCUUAAUUGGCAAUGCUCUUGGGAACUUUCUUAGCUGCAGCGGAGGUACAAACCACUUGCAGGGAGCAGGUGGCAGCGAUAAGUAUGUCAUUAAAUCUGGAUGUAAAAGAGCAUAUAUAUUUAACUUUGCUGAAGAUCAAAUCAGUGACAUCUUGUUUUUUGAGCAUCCUUUUUCGAAACUCACUGUAGUGUAUCAGGGGCCUCACAUUAUCCUGAAAGUUAAGGACUCAGAUAUUGAGGUGCACCUGCAGAACUGGCUCAACGGUAAAGAGUUCCAGCACCUGUUACUGCAAACCAUUGAUGGUGUCAUUUCCAUGUUACCUUCAAAUAUUACUGAGCCCAAGGUAAUUACUCCUUUUGAGAUAAACCUCAGUCAGGAAAACUGUAUCAACAGUACAGAAACAUUUGAUUUGAGCAAAGAUCCUUUUAGGAAAGUGGAACGUUUCAAAGCUAAAUCCAGCAUUUGUUCAUACCAUGUGAUUGGAAACUCUCAGAAUAACUACAUUGACCCAGGCAUUGACAAUGGCAUGAAUUAUCAGUAUUUAAUGGGGGGUAAUGGGUCAGACACAUAUGUCUUAGGACACGGAUAUGGCUAUGAGAAUGAAAUUGAUAAUGAAGCCAGAGACAUGAAAACUGAUCAUCUCUUUCUUGAGGUACUCUACAAAGAUAUCACAGUCUUUUUGGAGCCACCCCACAUCACAUUGUCCUCCACAUCCAGAAAUGAUUCUGUCCGUGUUCGAUUACUCAGGUAUCUGCAGGGCCCAGAACACCAACAUCUUGUGAUAAAAUCCUUAGAUGGAUUCUCUUUUCAGGUAGACCCACUGUCCUAUCCAUACAAGUUGGUCCUUUCCAUUGACACUUCAACUUCCACUAAGAGCUGUAACAUCAGUUGUGCUGAGGGCAAUGAGUUCAUCAAACUUUCUCAUAUCUAUGGAGCCACUCACUUCAGCAACUACAUAACAGGGAGUAAGAGCAGCUCUGUCAUUAAAGGGGGCAACAAGAAUGACCAUCUUGAGGGUAAUGAAGGCAAUGAGAAAAUCGAAGGAGAUGCAGGAGAUGACAUCAUAACUGGACACAGUGGAGAUGAUGUCCUGUUGGGUGGAGACGGGGAUGAUGACAUCAGUGGGGGAGUAGGAAAUGAUUUGAUUUAUGGUGGUUGGGGAGCAGACAAAGUAGAUGGGGGCCCAGGGGUCGAUGCUGUAUUCUUCAGCGGAGAUGUGAGGACAUCCACAGGGGUCAGAGUAGAUCUGAACUCUGGUAGAGGUGACUGGGCAGACGCCGAGAAUGACACCUACACAGGUGUGGAGGCAGUGAGUGGAACAAAUUUUAAUGAUCUGAUCAUUGGAGAUGAUGAGGACAAUGAGCUAGAUGGGAAGUUUGGAAAUGACACCCUCAUACCAGGACAUGGCUCAGAUCAACUGACAGGUGGACCCGGGAAUGACCUCUACAUCCUGGAUGACUGCAGUGGUGUAAAGCACAUUAAUAACUUUGCUUCUGACAAGGCUCAAGACUACAUUCUCUUUCGAGACUUUAGGUACAAUGAGACCUGCUUCUUCUUGCUGGAGGGAAACUUGGUCAUGUCCUUCUCUCACCACAAUCCUCUCCUGAGUCUUAUUCAACAAAACGACCUGACAGUUAUCCUUGAUAACUGGAACAACAAUGACUCUUUCUAUCAGCAUGUGGACUUUGUCUUUGCUAACGACACCCUGGUCGAUGGUUCCUUCUUCAGCUCAGCAGCAGAGAUUGGCCCGACUCUAUCUGAAUUAAACUCCACCAGCCCCACCCUCUAUGUGAGAGUAGCUAGUGAAACAGCAGUGGAGAUUGAGGUUAAAACAUCGACUGGGUUAUACACCAUGCAAUUCAGAGGCGACACUGGACUCAAGUACCAUUUAAAAGUGUCUGAUGAUCUGUUCUUUAGUGACAGUCUCCACUGGGAACAUCAGACCCCUAUCAGAUAUUCUGGUCUUCUCUCAGGAGUUCUUUACACCUUCGAGAUGUAUGUGACCCUGUGUGAGUUUCCUCUGAUUGUGCUUACAGAAACAACAGAAAGAACAAAACCAAACCCCCCAACAUUUGUACAUGUGGUCCAUAUGUCCCAUAGUAAUGCAUAUAUUAACUGGAUUGCACCAUCUCCAGACUCCGACCCAAACAGCAGCAAGUACACUUACGUGGUAGAAGUGAAGGAUUCAAGAGAUAGUACCGUAACACAGAUUACAGCUAAUCUCACCCGUGCAGAGAUAACAGGUUUGAAACCUGGAACAGUAUACAGGGUGUCUUUGUCGUCAACUAUAGAAGGAGUGAACAGUCAGGAGGAAACUAUUGAGAUGAAGACCCCUAACUUGUGUCCCACAUUUACUGCACCUGAGGGAACAAGAGUUAUUGAUGAGAAGAUGACAAGCUAUGGUCCAGUUGUUGUGAUCGAAUGCGAAGAGGGUUUCCAGCGGACUUCUGGCCCUGAGAUCCUCUGCUUAAAAGAACCACACUCCAGACCAUGCAUUCCUAAGUCAUGUACUCAUGAGGACAGCAUUAUCUCUCAUGGCUCCUUUGUUGUAGAACAAUGUUUAAUGAAUAUAAUAAAAAUUGAGUGUCUGUUUGGACAGUUCAGUCCUCCCAUUCCAAUUUGCUGUUCAAAACCCAGUGAUGAUAACAUGAUAGAGGAUGAUGAAUAUCAUACUUAUCCUGUUUACAGCAUUAUUGUUGACUUCCACUGUCGAUAUGGAUACUGGCUUUCAGGACCCUCUCAGCUUGACUGUGACCUGAGAACAGGACAGUGGUCUCAGCCUCUGAUGCCGUCCUGCUCCCCCAUCCCUUGCCCUAACCCCCCACAGGAUCCCCAUGGCAGAUUGUUGGGACAGUCAGGUAAUUUUAAGACAGGGGAUACAUUGGAACUGGAAUGUGAUGAUGAUUACCAUCCCUCUGGUGAAAACUUGAUCACUUGCAGCAAUGGUGAGUGGGAACGCUUUACCUGUGAACCAAAUGCCCGACUCAUCGACACCUACAGUCAAAAUUUUAAACUCUAUGGAAAACUCCAGAAAUGGAAUUCAGGCAGGUGGACUAGUUGGGUCACUUCAGCACAUGCUGAAAAUCUUGCUAAGCUUUGCUGUGAGAACAGAGGUUUAGAGUUUGUAAGAAUUAAAAAUCGUGCAUACUUUAAACUGGUGGAGUGCUCUAUGAUAAAACUGGAUACUUCUGGAAGAGAAUAUGUGGGGAGAGCUGAAAUAAACCAAGGGAGAGGCUGGGAGAAGAUAUGCAUUAAAGACAUCCCUGCAGCAAAGUCUUUCUGUAGAAUGUUAUUUCCCAACCAGGACUGGACCGCUUCUCUGCCAUUCAGCACUCGGUUUCACGCUGUGCACUCCUACCGAUGUGGUGAUGGUUGUAGAUUACAGAUGGAACCAGAGACAUGCAGCAGACAGAUCCAGUGCAGAGCCAUGUGCGAUCCCUUUCCAAUUCCUAAUGGGGGCAGAUGUGGCUUUGCUUUGGAAGGACAGCAGUGUUCAGUGUCCUGUAAUCGACUAUACAACCUCCAAGGAUCUUCCGAGAUACAGUGCAGGAGUUACGGCUGGUCAGAACAGCCCUACUGUAUAGAGAGUGGGGAGUGUGGCUAUCACUUUGAAACAGGACCUCAUUCAGUUGGCUGCUUAACCAAGAUAUGGACUGAGGUGGGCUGCAAUGUUGAAGCUCAUCUGUCUCCAACUAAAAGACCAGAUUUCUGGACUGACUUUGAUAGAUGGACAGUAGGUGGGGUGAGGGAGUGGAUGGCAAGACUUCCUGAUCACAGUGGGUUUACUUAUAACCCUGACUGUCAAGUGGAUGAUGAGUGUUUUCCUGGACGGGCUACGGUGUUCACGAGCGAAGGGAACAGGAAGUCCAUGUCAGAGCUGAGGGUUGGGGACAGGGUUCUUGCACUGGACGCUCAUGGAGAGCUCAUAUUCAGCGAGGUAAUCCUAUGGCUGGACCGUCGGCCAUCUGCAGUGGAGCGCUAUGUCCUCCUUACCACAGAAGACUACUCAGAGCAGCUCUCACUAUCAGCUGACCACGUAACCUUCAUCGCCCCGUCCAACAGAACUGCUGCCACAUUCUCUACCAUGAUCCCAGUGUUCGCCAAAGACCUGCAGCCAGGUCACCUGAUCCACCGCUAUGACCCAGCGACUGGUUCAUUGGUGUCCAGGCGCGUAACCAAUGUCCAGGAAACCAAGGACCUGGGUGCCUUUGCCCCCCUGACUGUGGAGGGGAACCUAAUUGUGGAUGGUCACCUGGUGUCCUGCUAUGCCCUGCAAUGCCGCCAAUACCUCGCCCAUCUCCCUUUCGCCCCCUACAGGUUUCUGCACACUCUGCGCUCUUAUAUACCCCUCUUUGAAAAUGUAUUCCCAGUACAGCAAGAGCAGGAGGAUGAGGGCAUGCACUGGUAUGCCAGAGCCUGGUACCAGGUGGGACAGUGGUUCAACUACCCGUUUGGAAAAACCUGCUAUCCCAGAGAGCUGCAUCUCUACCACUACCCCUGAUCACCUGCCGAGACGAAUGAGCCAAACCUCACUGAGCAUAAAUAAAUGAAACUUUAACGGAGUGAUUCUGUUGUGUGUGUGAACCUGGUUACCCAAGAAAUGGAAAUAUAUCAGCAAUUAUUCACAAAUACCUUAUAAUAGUGCUUAGAUGUACUUAAGAUCCUAGUUUAGUGUUUUUGCUUAUAUCCAACUAUCUUCAUAUUUUCCUGUGCUUUGGUUAUUACUUUGCAGACUCGGCACACAGUCCUAAGGGCUGUUUCAGGUCUUAGGGUUAGGGUUAUUCUGAAUCUUCUCAGAAUUGUUCAUUUUAUAUGGCAAAAUCAGUUAAUUGACCAACAGAUUGUUGAGUAAAUAACUCGGUCACUGCUUGAGAUGUGAUGUAUUAGAUUAGCCCACUUCAUUUGCUUUGGAGCAAUUUCACUUAUUUUAUUACUCAUACUUUGUUGUGUAUCCCCAGUGAACAUUAUUAUACAGUGCAAAUGAUUUUGUUGAAUUGUUUUGUUGUUUAUUUACACUUGUUAACAUCCCAUAUUGAAAAGAAGCUUCAUGUCAAAUCUGCUAUUAAUAAAUGCAACAAUAAGUGCACCAUAGUGUACAGAUAUUAUCGUA